AUGUCUGGCGGCGCCGCCGACCAGCAGAGCAGCGCGCCGGGCUCGCUGUUCCUCUCGCCGCCGGCGCCUGCCCCCAAGAAUGGCUCCAGCUCGGACUCCUCGGUGGGGGAGAAACUGGGCGCCGCGGCGGCCGACGCCGCAGCCGGACGGACGGAGGAGUACCGGCGUCGCCGCCAUACCAUGGACAAGGACAGCCGAGGGGCGGCCGCGACCACCACCACGGAGCACCGUUUCUUCCGCCGCAGCGUCAUCUGCGACUCCAACGCUACGGCGCUGGAGCUGCCCGGCCUCCCUCUGCCGCUGCCCCAGCCCGGCGCGGCUGCCGUGGUCCCGCAGCGGAGCCCCCCGGAGCCCCCGCGCGAGGAGACCCUGACCCCCGCUGCCGCCGCCCAGGUGGCCCAGCAGCCGCCCGCCGCCGCCGCCGCCCGCGAAGAGCCGGUCGCCGCGGGCCCGGCCAUCUCUUCGGCCCCGGGUAGCGCGGGCAGAGACCGCCAGGCUGUCCAGCCCGGCCCCGUGGGGAGCCGAGAGGAGCCUACGUCGUCUAGAAGUGGCAGCGGCGGCGGCAGCGCCAAGGAGCCCCAGGAGGAACGGAGCCAGCAGCAGGAUGACAUCGAGGAGCUGGAGACCAAGGCCGUGGGCAUGUCCAACGACGGCCGCUUUCUCAAGUUUGACAUCGAGAUCGGCAGGGGCUCCUUUAAGACGGUCUACAAGGGUCUGGACACAGAGACGACCGUGGAGGUCGCCUGGUGUGAGCUGCAGGAUCGGAAGUUAACAAAGUCUGAGAGGCAGCGAUUUAAAGAAGAGGCUGAAAUGUUAAAGGGUCUUCAGCAUCCCAAUAUUGUUCGAUUCUAUGAUUCCUGGGAAUCCACAGUAAAGGGAAAGAAGUGCAUUGUGUUGGUGACUGAACUGAUGACAUCUGGAACUCUUAAAACGUACCUGAAAAGGUUUAAGGUGAUGAAGAUCAAAGUUUUGAGAAGCUGGUGCCGUCAGAUUCUUAAAGGACUUCAGUUUCUUCAUACUCGAACUCCACCUAUUAUUCACCGGGAUCUUAAGUGUGACAACAUCUUUAUCACUGGCCCCACAGGCUCAGUCAAGAUUGGAGACCUAGGUCUGGCCACCCUGAAGCGGGCUUCUUUUGCCAAGAGUGUGAUAGGUACCCCAGAGUUCAUGGCCCCUGAGAUGUAUGAAGAGAAGUAUGAUGAAUCCGUUGAUGUUUAUGCUUUUGGAAUGUGCAUGCUCGAGAUGGCCACGUCUGAAUACCCGUACUCAGAGUGCCAGAACGCUGCACAGAUCUACCGUCGAGUGACUAGCGGAGUGAAGCCAGCCAGUUUUGACAAAGUAGCAAUUCCUGAAGUGAAGGAAAUUAUUGAAGGAUGCAUACGGCAAAACAAAGAUGAAAGAUACUCUAUCAAAGACCUUUUGAACCAUGCCUUCUUCCAGGAGGAAACAGGGGUACGGGUAGAAUUAGCAGAAGAAGAUGAUGGAGAAAAGAUAGCCAUUAAAUUAUGGCUACGUAUUGAAGAUAUUAAGAAACUAAAGGGGAAAUACAAAGACAACGAAGCUAUCGAGUUUUCCUUUGACUUGGAGAAAGAUGUGCCAGAAGAUGUUGCUCAAGAAAUGGUAGAUUCUGGGUAUGUCUGUGAAGGUGACCACAAGACCAUGGCAAAAGCCAUCAAAGAUAGAGUAUCGUUAAUUAAGAGAAAACGAGAACAGCGUCAACUAGUGCGGGAGGAGCAAGAAAAAAGAAAGCAGGAGGAGAGCAGCCUCAAGCAGCAGGUGGAGCAGCAGCCCAGCACCUCCCAGGCCGGAGUCCAGCAGCCGCCUGCCACCAGCACUGGCGGACCCGCUGCCUCUGCUGCGUCUGCGUCCGUCUCCACGCAGGUAGAGCCAGAAGAGCCUGAGGCCGACCAGCACCAGCAGCUGCAGUACCAGCAGCCUGGUGUGUCUGUGAUAUCUGACGGGACAGUUGACAGUGGUCAAGGGUCUUCUGUCUUCACGGAAUCUCGAGUGAGCAGCCAACAGACAGUUUCGUACGGGUCCCAGCAUGAGCAGGCACCUUCCACUGGCGCCCUCCCAGGGCACACAGCAUCUGUUGUCCAAGCGCAGGCUCAGCCCCAUGCAGUAUAUCCACCCUCAAGUUUGCCUCAGUCCAUGGCGCAUCCGCGUGGGGGGACCCCAACAUACCCAGAAUCACAGAUAUUUUUCCCAACUAUUCAUGAACGUCCAGUUUCUUUUUCACCACCUCCCACCUGUCCACCGAAGGUGGCCAUUGCCCAGCGGCGUAAGAGCACCUCCUUCUUGGAAGCCCAAACUCACCAGUUCCAACCCCUGCUGAGGACUGUCGGCCAGAGUCUUCUUCCACCUGGUGGCAGCCCACCUAACUGGACUCCAGAGACUGUAGUCAUGUGGGGCCCUGCAGCCAGUAGAGUCGCUGGAGAGCUGUGUGAGGUGCAGGCCCAUCCUGUGUUUGAGCCAGCUCCAGUUUACAGUGACUACAGAGCUGGACUGGUGCUUCCAGAAGAAGCUCACUACUUCCUCCCUCCAGAAGCAGUGUAUCUAGCCGGGGUACAUUACCAGGCCCAGGUGGCAGAACAGUUUGAGGGUAUUCCAUACAGCUCUCCAGUCCUGUCAAGUCCUAUGAAGCAGACACCUGAGCAGAAGCCAGUGCACGGGGCCCCCACCUCCAGUUCUGUCUUUGAAUUUCCAUCGGGACAGGCUCUCCUGGUAGGACACCUCCAGAAUGUAAGAUUAGAUUCGGGACUGAGCCCAGGCUCUCCCCUGUCUAGCAUUUCUGCGCCUGUCAGUACAGAUGCCACACACUUGAAGUUUCACCCUGUCUUUGUUCCUCAUUCUGCACCUGCUGUGCUAACUCAUAACAACGAAAGCAGAAGCAGUUGUGUGUUUGAGUUUCACAUUCAUACUCCAAGCUCCUCUUCAGGAGAAGGAGAGGGAGGAGUUUUACCUCAGCGCAUUUACCGAAAUCGGCAGGUUGCUGUGGACUCGAACCAGGAAGAACCACCUCCUCCACCUGCAGGAUUACACAGCCGCCUGCAGCCUGUGACUGAAGAGCAGCAGACGCCCCAGGCCCCAGAGUUGACCGUCUCUGUGGUGGAGCCCACUGGACAGACCUGGCCCAUAGGAAGCCCAGAGUACUCCAGUGAUUCCUCCCAGGUCACUUCUUCAGACCCCGGUGAAUUUCAGUCACCUCCCCCUACAGGGGGAGCAGCUGCUCCUUUUGGCUCUGACGUCUCAUUACCCUUUAUCCGCCUGCCUCAGACAGUGUUGCAAGAAUCCCCACUCUUCUUCUGUUUCCCCCAAGGAGCCACCUCUCCGCAGGUUUUACCCGCCUCAUUUUCUUCAGGAGGAUCUGCACUCCAUCCACAGGCACAGGGGCAGAGCCAGGGUCAGCCAUCUUCAAGUAGUUUAACAGGGGUUCCAUCCUCCCAACCCAUGCAGCAUUCUCAGCAGCAGCAAGGAGUGCAGCCAACAGCCCCCUCUCAGCAGGCGGCGCAGUAUCCGCUCCCUCAGGCAUCGGCCCCCAGCGAGGCCGCGAUUGCUCAGCCCGUGAGUCAGCCUCCACCUCCACAGGCCUUGCCACACGUGUCCGCGGGAAAACAGCUUCCAGUUUCCCAGCCAGUACCAACUCUCCAAGGCGAACCUCAGAUCCCAGUUGCAACACAGCCCUCAGUCGUUCCCGUCCAUGCUGGUGCUCACUUCCUUCCUGUGGGACAGCCCCUCCCGCCCUCUUUACUGCCCCAGUACCCCAUAUCUCAGCUGCCGCCCGUCUCUCAGCUCCCCUCUGCUCCUCCUCACGUGUCCGUGGCUCAGCCAGGCUUCCCACCCCUGCCCGUCACGAUGGCAGCUGGCAUUAGUCAGCCUCUGCUCACCUUGGCUUCAUCUGCUGCGGCGGCGGCUGUCCCAGGGGCACCCGCUGUGGUCCCUAGUCAGCUUCCUGCCCUGCUGCAGCCUGUGACCCAGCUGCCGAGUCAGGCUCACCCGCAGCUCCUGCAGCCAGCAGUUCAGUCCAUGGGGAUCCCCGCCAGCCUUGGACAGACUGCCGAGGUGCCACUUCCCCCUGGAGAUAUUCUCUACCAGGGCUUCCCACCUCGACUGCCAUCACAGUACCCAGGAGACUCAAACAUUGCUCCCUCCUCCAGUGCAGCUUCUGUGUGCCUGCCUUCUGCAGUCCUGUCCCCUCCCAUGCCAGCAGAAGCGCUGGCUGCCCCUGGUUACUUUCCUGCAAUGGUGCAGCCCUAUGUGGAAUCCAGUCUCUUGGUUCCUGUGGGCAGUGUAGGAGGACAGGUCCAGGUGUCCCAGCCAGCAGUGAGCUUAGCACAAGCCCCCACCACAUCCUCCCAGCAAGCAGCUCUGGAGAGCACUCAGGUCGUCUCUCAGGUGGCUCCUUCAGAGCCAGCUCCCGGGGCUCAGCCACAGCCUGCCCAGCCAGCCACGGUGGUCUCUUCUAUAGACAGCGCACACUCAGAUGUGGCUUCAGGCAUGAGUGAUGGCAACGAGAACGUCCCCUCUUCCAGCGGGAGGCAUGAGGGCAGGACGACGAAGCGGCUGCAUCGGAAGUCUAUAAGGAGCCGCUCUCGUCAUGAGAAGCCUUCCCGCCCCAAACUGAGAAUUCUCAAUGUUUCAAAUAAAGGAGAUCGGGUGGUAGAAUGUCAGUUAGAGACUCACAAUCGGAAGAUGGUUACAUUCAAAUUCGAUUUAGAUGGUGACAACCCUGAGGAGAUAGCCACAAUUAUGGUGAACAAUGACUUUAUUCUGGCACUGGAGAGAGAUGCGUUUGUGGAGCAAGUGCGGGAGAUCAUUGAGAAAGCUGACGAGAUGCUCAGUGAGGAUGUCAGCGUGGAGCCAGAGGGUGACCAGAGCUUGGAGAGUCUCCAUGGCAAGGAUGACUAUGGCUUCUCAGGCGCCCAGAAAUUGGAAGGAGAGUUCAAACAACCGAUUCCUGCAUCUUCCAUGCCACAACAGAUAGGCGUUCCUGCCAGUUCUUUAACUCAAGUUGUUCAUUCUGCUGGAAGACGGUUUAUAGUAAGUCCUGUGCCAGAAAGUCGAUUACGAGAAUCAAAACUUUUCACUGAAAUUUCAGAUACGGUUGCUGCUUCCACAUCUGCGGGCCCUGGAAUGAACUUGUCUCACUCUGCCUCGUCCCUUAGUCUGCAGCAGGCCUUUUCUGAACUUAGACAUGCUCGGAUGGCAGAAGGGCCGAGCACGGCUCCUCCCCACUUUGGUCAGACAGGCCCUGUGUUUCCAGCAGUGCCUCCCCCACUGAGCAGCGCCCCUGGAGCCCCGGCCGCAGCAGCCGCAGCCUCAGUGUCAGCCUCUGCCCCGAGUCACCCUCUUAGUGACGUGGCCACGUCGGUCAUUCAGGCUGAGGUGACAGUGGCCCCUGGAACAGGUGUCAUGCCUCCCAGUGGUCUCCCUGUACCCCCUGCAUCUGAGUCCCUGGCACCUUCCAGCGUGGCCCCCAGCAUCACCAUCCCUGCAGUUCUCUCGGCACUGCCGGUGCCCCAGGCAGCGCAGGCUCCCACCCCCGGCGGCAGGGCCUCCAGUGCAGGCACAUUCCCCUCUGCACCCACAUCCCUGGCACCAGCCUCUGCUGUGGGCAGUGCUGUUGCCUCCGCUGCUCAGCUUCCACCUGUGCUGUCUCAGCCCGCGGCAGGCAGCUCGGCCGGGGUGGCCACGCUGACAGCCAUGCCCGCUGCCGCUCUGGGCCCCAGCCUCAUGGCACCGCCGUCCCUUGCUCUCAGCAGCAGCACCUCCGCCCCGGCUCUGGCAGAAACAGUGUUGGUCAGUGCCCACGCCCUGGAUAAGACAGCUCACAGCAGCACCACUGGACUGGCUCUGCCCCUUCCUGCCACCUCGUCCUCUCCCGCCCCCGGAGCAGGAGUGUCCAGUGCUGUUUCUCAGCCUGUUGCCGCGGCUCACCCUUUGGUUCUCCCAUCAGUCAUAGCCUCUACUCCCGUACUCUCCCAGGCAGGACCCAUGUCAACACCCCUACUGCCCCAGGUACCCGGUAUCCCACCCCUGGUACAGCCUGUUGUCAGUGUGCCUGCCGUGCAGCAGACCCUGGUUCAUAGUCAGCCUCAGCCCGCUCCGCUCCCCAACCAGCCCCACACUCACUGUCCUGAGAUAGACACCGACACUCAACCCAAAGCUCCCGGGAUCGACGAUAUCAAGACUUUGGAGGAAAAGCUGCGAUCUCUCUUUAGUGAGCAUGGCUCAUCUGGAGCCCAGCAUGCCCCCGUCUCGCUGGAUACCUCGCUCGCUGUGGAAACCGCGGUCACAGCAGGCCUCCCGGCCGCUGCUGUUGCACCAAGCAAGCCUCUGACUUCCUCUGCCAGUACUUGCUUGCCACCGGCCAGUCUGCCCUUAGGAGCAGCUGGCUUAUCAGUUAUACCAACGGUCACUCCUGGGCAAGUUCCCACCCCAGUCAGCUCUGCGCCGGGAGUGAAACUGGAAACUCCUCCAGCAAAGCCACCUUUAACUAAGCCUCCAGUGCUGCCCGUGGGCACUGAACUUCCAGCUGAUACUCCGCCCAGUGAGCAGCUGCCACCAUUUCCGGGACCUUCACUAACUCAGCCCCCGCAGCCCCUGGGAGACCUGGACGCUCAGCUGAGAAGAACCCUCAGUCCCGAGAGUGGCGUGCUGACGUCUGCCGUUGGUCCCGUGUCUGUGGUGGCUCCAGCAGCGGUUGUGGAGACAGGAGCCCAGCUUCCGAAGGAUGUUGUUUCAGUCUCUCAAGUCACAGAAGCUCCUGUCCUUGCACCCACUUCCACAGCUGGUGUUCUGAAGAUGGGGCGAUUUCAGGUUUCCGUUGCAAUGGAUGAUCCCCAGAAAGAGGGUAAAAGUAAGUCAGAGGAUGUCAAGUCUGUCCACUUCGAAUCCAGCACGUCAGAGUCCUCAGUUCUGUCAAGUAGCAGCCCCGAGAGCACCGUGGUGAAGGCAGAGCCCAAUGGGCUGGCCAUCCGGGGCGCCUCUGCAGAUGUGCCGGACAGCGCCCGCCCGCUGCCCACCUCAGAAGCUGGGCAGCCUAGCAGGGUUGGCCGCUUCCAGGUGACCACCACAGCGAGCAGAGUGGGCCGCUUCUCUGUGUCCAGAACUGAAGACAAGAUGGCUGAGGUGAAGGGAGAGGAGCCAGUGGCCUCCCCUCCUUUUGUGGACUCGGAACACGACCUUCCUCCCACCGUGACGCCAAAGAAAGAGAAACCUGAACUGUCGGAGCCUUCGCAUCUGAACGGGCCGUCUUCCGACCUGGAGGCUGCCUUCCUCAGCCGGGAUGCGGAUGCCGGCUCAGGGAGCCCACACUCCCCUCCGCAGCUGAGCUCCAAGAGCCUUCCUGCCCAGAGCCUCAGUCAGAGCCUCAGCAAUUCCUUCAACUCUUCCUACAUGAGCAGUGACAAUGAGUCAGACAUUGAAGACGAGGACUUAAAGUUAGAGCUUCGCCGACUACGGGAAAAACAUCUUAAAGAAAUUCAGGACCUGCAGAGUCGCCAGAAACAUGAAAUUGAGUCUUUAUACACCAAACUGGGCAAGGUUCCUCCCGCUGUCAUCAUUCCCCCAGCAGCCCCCCUUGCAGGGAGAAGGAGGCGACCCACCAAAAGCAAAGGGAGCAAGUCCAGUCGCAGCAGCUCUUUGGGGAAUAAAAGCCCUGGACCAGGUACCCUGUCUGGUCAGAGUGCAGCUUCAGUCUUGCAUCCUCAGCAGACCCUCCCUGCUCCUGGCAGCAUCCCAGAGACAGGGCCCAACCAGCUGUUACAGCCCAUGAAGCCAUCUCCUUCCAGUGACAACCUGUAUUCGGCCUUCACCAGUGAUGGUGCCAUUUCAGUACCAAGCCUUUCUGCUCCAGGUCAAGGCUGUGCCAAGUUUAACUGUGCGUCCGAGCAGGUGACAUUCAAAGCUGGCGGCAGGAGGACGCGAUUUCUGAGGAAGAUGGUGAAAAAAGUCUGCCCUUGCAACCAGCUCUGUAGGACCAGCAGCACCAACGCCGUCGGGGGAGCCGUGAGCAGCCAGGCCGCCCCGGCUCCACCUCCUGCCGUGACGUCCAGCAGGAAGGGCACGUUCACGGAUGACCUGCACAAGCUGGUGGACAACUGGGCCCGGGACGCCAUGAGUCUCUCAGGCAGGCGGGGAAGCAAAGGACACGUGAGCUAUGAGGGCCCUGGCAUGGCAAGGAAGUUCUCCGCGCCCGGUCAGCUGUGCGUCUCCAUGACCUCAAACCUGGGCGGCUCUGCCCCCGGCUCUGCAGCGUCAGCUACCUCUCUAGGGCACUUCCCCAAGUCCAUGUGCCCCCCUCAGCAGUACGGUUUCCCUGCCCCCCCGUUUGGCACGCAGUGGAGUGGGACGGGUGGCCCGGCACCUCAGCCGCUUAGCCAGUUCCAGCCUGUGGGAACAGCCUCCUUACAGAAUUUCAACAUCAGCAACUUGCAGAAAUCCAUCAGCAACCCCCCAGGUUCCAACCUGCGGACCACGUAGACCCGAGGCGAUCCUGGGGAAGUGCCGCUUGCUGGACGCUUAGUGCCUUGGACUUCUGUCGCUUCUGCCGUUGCAUCAGCUUCUCGUCAGACCGUGGUCCGCGAGGGCGUGUGGAAGGACAGCGUGGGUCCGUGUGACCCAGCAGUGGACUAUGUUGUAAGGAAACUGGAAGGGUAUUUUUUUUCAAGUCAUUUAACAAUUUUGUAAGAUGAGCAGGAUGAGAAGUUAAGUUGACAUCAGUGGUUAAAGCAGAAAACUGUUUCAGGACAAGUGAGGAGAGAUGCUGUCACCAAAUUGGGCAGUUAACAGACUGAGCGUGGUGUGCGAUAGGUGCUGAGAGGCUAGAGGCUGGAGAACAGACGUGUUCUGAAGACUUGGUGCUUGGCCAGCGGCUGCCCUAAGCCUUACUUACCUGCGCUGGGCUUGAACACAGAAGAUUGAGAAGAAAUGGCUGAAGAGAAAGGAAGGGGGUGGGGGCUAGUUUUUAAGUUGGGAGGUGUGAUAGUGAAACGUCUCAGAUGGAGAAAGUUGCUCUAAGAAAAAUUGUUUGGCUUGCUUUCCUCUUGGUGCAAACGUACCGUGUAUUUCUCAAAGUGGGGGCCUGCAGUUUGUGGCAGGUGGUCCCACAUCUGAAAUAAGCACUGCAGGAACGGCUGCUUGUUCCUCCUCACUUCUGUAUAAUGUCCAGAGGGUUGCAGGGUCAUAAUCUCCUGGCUACCUGUGUUUCUAGAAUGACAAUGGAUACUCUCAUAUCAAGAGAGACUCCCCUCAAGUAAUAACUGCAGCCAGCCAGUAUUAUUUAGUGUUAUGUCUAGUUGUGAUGGGCAGUUCUCUUUAUUUUCAGAAACUUCAGGAAAUACCCUCCCAAUUGCCUAUUUUGGGGAUCUCUGUUCUCCCAGCAGAUGGGGCAAGAAGCCAGGACUCUUAAUCUUGGGGUGCUGCUUCUCUUGACUCUCAGCCACCUCAGUGGCCCAUCCCAGGAAUCUCCCAUGACAGGAAGAGCCUGGCUGUUCUGUCCUUCAUUGGCCAUUUUCUUUAUUAAGUUAGCCAAGGCCCCAAAGAUACAAACGAAAGCUGAGGUUUUAGGAAGGUAAGAGAUGAGAAGGGCAGGUGCUCCAAGCUUUGCUUUGAAACUUUACUUUUUCUCUGCCUAUAAUCCUCGGGAAAUGGUAAGAGUAAGGACAGAACAAGAAGUGCCGAGGAAAUGGGAAACGGACACCUGGACAGAGGAGACAGGACUUUGUACCAAAGGAGGGAGCCAAAUGCAGCACGACUGUCUUGUCACUUUGGUUUAAUGAUUUUUGAGGUCUCUUCACUCACAUGGAAAGUAAGAACUGGUUUUACUUACUGUUGAUUUUUUUCCCCUCCUGUGGAUGAAAUAACAAGCCUAGAGGAAUGAACCAGUGCUACUGAACUGUUUAAAUUAUUUUCGUGUUAAUAGUACACUUUGAGUAUCUUUUUCCACAUUAAAAAAUCUUUCUGAAUUAUAAAUGUUUUCCUUACAUUAUUUAACAAUGUACACUGUUUAAAAAAAAAAUAAACUGAAUUCAAACCUUGGG